AUGAAAGCUCAUAAACUCCUCUCUCUGGGAUGCAUCUUCUUGCCCUUGCUUUUUUUUCAUCAGACCUGGGCUCAAUUCCCAAGAGAGUGUGCCACUGUUGAGGCCUUAAGAAAUGGUGUGUGUUGCCCAGACCUGUCCCCCUUGUCUGGGCCUGGGACUGACCGCUGUGGCUCCUCAUCGGGGCGGGGCAGGUGUGAGGCAGUGACUGCAGACUCCCGACCCCACAGCACCCACUACCCCCAUGACGGCAGAGAUGAUCGGGAGGCUUGGCCCACACGGUUCUUCAACAGGACAUGCCUCUGCAAUGACAAUUUCUCAGGACACAACUGUGGGACUUGCCGUCCUGGAUGGAGAGGAGCUGCCUGUGACCAGAGGGUUCUCAUAGUCAGGAGAAACCUUCUGGACUUAAGUGCAGAAGAGAAGAACCGCUUCGUCCAGGCCUUAGAUAUGGCAAAGCGCACAAUUCACCCUCAGUUUGUCAUUGCGACCAGGAGAUCAGAAGAAAUACUGGGGCCUGAUCGCAACACGCCACAGUUUGAGAACAUUUCCAUUUAUAACUACUUUGUUUGGACACACUAUUACUCAGUCAAAAAGACUUUCCUUGGGCCAGGCCAGGAAAGCUUUGAAGUGGAUUUCUCUCACGAAGGACCAGCUUUCCUCACGUGGCACAGGAACCACCUCCUGCAGUUGGAGAGAGACAUGCAGGAAAUGUUGCAGGAUCCUUCGUUCUCCCUUCCCUACUGGAAUUUUGCGACUGGGAGGAACAUCUGUGACAUUUGCACCGAUGACAUGAUGGGAUCCAGAAGCAACUUUGAUCCCACUCUUAUCAGCCUGAAUUCUGUCUUUUCUCAAUGGCGAGUGGUCUGUGAAUCCUUGGAGGAUUAUGAUACCCUGGGAACCCUUUGUAAUAGUACCGAGGGUGGGCCAAUUAGGAGAAAUCCAGCUGGAAAUGUGGCUAGACCAAUGGUGCAACGUCUUCCAGAACCACAGGAUGUCGCUCAGUGCUUGGAAGUUGGUUUAUUCGACACCCCUCCUUUUUAUUCCAAUUCUACAAACAGUUUCCGAAACACUGUGGAAGGUUACAGCGAUCCCACAGGAAAGUAUGACCCUGCUAUUCGAAGCCUUCACAAUCUGGCUCAUCUAUUUCUGAAUGGAACAGGGGGACAAACCCAUUUAUCUCCAAAUGACCCUAUUUUUGUCCUCCUCCAUACUUUCACUGAUGCGGUCUUUGAUGAAUGGCUGAGGAGAUAUCAUGCUGGUAAGAUGUUUUCAUAUGAUUUUUUGCAGGCUCACCAAGGAGACUGCUUAGAUGCAUCCACGUUUCCACUGGAAAAUGCCCCAAUUGGGCACAAUAGACAAUACAACAUGGUGCCAUUCUGGCCCCCAGUUACCAACAUAGAAAUGUUUGUUACUGCUCCAGAUAAUCUGGGAUAUACGUAUGAAGUUCAGUGGCCAAGUCGGAAUUUUAGUAUUUCUGAGGUUGUUACCAUUGCAGUAGUCGCUGCUUUAUUACUGGUUGCAGUCAUUUUCGGGGGUGCUUCUUGCCUGAUUAGGGCCAGAAACAACAUGGACGAAGCAAAUCAGCCUCUUCUCACGGAUCAAUAUCAACACUAUGAUGAAGACUAUGAAAAAAUGGAGAAUCCUAAUCAGUCUAGGGUCUAAUGAUAAAACCAAUUCUCUUA